AUGGUGACCGAGAGCCUCCUGGAGGAGAACGUCCACCAUGAGCUCCCCCCGGAGCGCCUCGUGCCUCGUGCCCGGCCAGCCCCGCCCGGGCGCCGCCAGCUCAGAGACAAGGCCCCGUGCCCCCCCCCCCCCCCGCGCUGCUGCAGGGCGGUCUCGGCGGGGCGAGGAAGCGCCCUCUCGCCCCGCAGCCCUGGAGGCCGGAGCCGGGCUGAUCCCAGCCUGCCACCUGCUGGCGAGACGCGGCACAGCACAGCCCCGGGUCCCCCGGUCCGGGGACAAACGCCCUCCAGCCCGGGGCUCUGCAGCUCGCGCGAGGUCUGGUCCUCCCCGGCCGGAGGUCCCGGUGGAGACGCUGGCUCCAGCUGCUGUGCGCACCGGCCCGCGCGAGGCCGUGUCUCCUCCUCUCCCGGCCCUGGGGAGCGGCCUGCCACUCGGACGGCGCAGGCCGGGACGGGCUCCAUGGAUUUCCGCGCUGCGUCCGCGCUGGGGCAGCACAAAGCCGCGGGCAGGGGCAGGGGUGGGGCCUUCGGGCAGCUCUGGCCGGGGUCCCCCAGGGAACGGCCGGCCGUGCGCUCGGUGCGCUCGGAGAGCCGGACAGCUGACGGCACUCGCAGCUCCCACGAGGGGGAGCUGGCAGCCCCCCAGUGCGACUUCUCCAGCGUCCCCCCGCCCCCCAGCCCGGAGAAGGCUGCUGAGGGCACGGGGCCCUGGGCCGGGCAGCACCCGGGGAACUGGUUACCGAGCGACUGGUCCCCGUCCUGCGUGAGACCCCUGGGGCAGCCCAGCCACACGCAGCGCCCGUCUUCCCAGGAGGGCGCGCCCCUGACCGGGACGGAGACGCCACCCACUGUGCGCGGGCAGUUCCGCUCCCCUGAGAAGGAGCGGGUACCCGGACGGUCACUGCGCAAGCACAACAAACGCCUUGCUGCCCUCUGGGUCAUUUCCACAAAGCGGGCCCCGUGGUCAGAGAGGGUCCGGGCUCCCCGGGCAGGGCCCCUGGGGACGCAGCGCGGGAGCCGUCCAGGCGAGUCGCUGGAGGAGGUCGACCUGACCCUGGUCUACCAGGCGGCAGCGAGCGGCGACGUCGGGGCCCUGACGGCCGCCAUCCGGGAGGACCCGUCCGUCCUCGAGGGCUGUGACGGAGAAGGGUGCACCCCGCUGAUGCACGCCGUGUCCGGGCGCCAGGCGGACACCGUGCGGCUGCUGCUGAAGAUGGGCGCCAACGUCAACGCCCAGGACGCCCGUGGCCGCACCAGCCUGUGCCUGGCCGCCUACCUGGGGUGGCUGGACGGCUGCGUGAGCCUGCUCAGGAACGGGGCCAAGCACAGCAUCCCGGACAAGAGCGGCCGCCUGCCGCUGCACGCGGCCACGGCGGAGCCCGACGCCAGGCUCCUGGCAGUCCUGGUGCAGCAGUCCAGCCUCAGCGAGGUCAAUCACCAGGACAACGAGGGCAUGGCGCCCCUCCACUGGGCGGCCUUCCACAACCAGCCCCAGCACGCCCAGCUGCUGCUGCGGAAGGGCGCCGACCCGGCCCUGGCGGACAAGGACUUCAAGACGGCCCUGCACUGGGCCGUCCAGAGCGGGAACCGGACGCUGUGCGCCCUCAUCCUGAGCCACCGCCAGGGCCCUGCCCUGGUCAACUGUGACGACGAGAGCGGCAAGACCUGCGUGCACACGGCGGCUGCCGCGGGCUUCAGCGACGUGCUGGUCGAGCUGGCCGGGGUCCCCGCGUGCGACCUGCAGGCCCGGGACGUGGACGACAGGACACCCCUGCACUGGGCGGCGGCGGCCGGGCAGGCGGCCUGCGUGCGGGCCCUGCUGGACCUGGGCGUGGACGACGGCCUGCGGGACGUGCACGGCAGCGCGGCCCUGGCCUACGCCCUGCGCGGCGGCCACCUGGCCUGCGUCCGGCUCCUCUCCGGGGACAGCAGAGCAGAGCCGGCUCGGCGCCCCGCCGAGCAGCCUGGCAGGCCCCGGAAGAAGGAGGGGGGGCGUCUCGGCGUGCUGCACCAGAUCUUCGGCAAGGGCAGGAGAGAAGGGCAGAGGGCCCCCCCGGAGGACAGCCGCCCGGACGCCCACCGGGGGGAGCCCCCCUCGGAAGUCGAUGACAUCAUCGCCACCUUUGACGGCGUCCUGGGCUCCAACUGCCAGGAGCAGCCUGGGGGCCAGGGGCCCAUGGUCGGCUUCAAAAAGAGGACCCCUGAGGACUCGAAAUACCUCUGGCCCGAGAAGAGGCCCCUGGCCCGUCAGGGGCUUCCACCAAUCAGAACGCAGAGCCUCCCACCCAUCGCCCCGGGCAACGGCUUCCCCACGGCCUGCCCCAGGGCCCCCGCCCACGCCGGUCUGGCCCCUGGCCCCGGCGCCGACCCCCAGCACGCCGGCCCACCGUCUCAGAAGAGCUGGAGGGAGCAGGACAGCAGGCCAGGCGGCCAGGCGCCGCGGGGUGACCCCUGGCGCAGCGACCCCCACGAGGGGCUCUGCCAGGCGUGGCCGGCGGCCGCGGCCGACAGGCUGCUGGACCGGCUGCUGAGCGGCAGACCCCCGCAGCAGGACGCCCCGGGGCCCGCCCGCCUCCCUCAGCUGCACGGCCCGUGGGCAGGGCAGAGUCGCCACCACCUGUCCCCAGACAGAGCCACAGUCAGGGACCUUGCUUUCAGCCGGCACAGCCUGGCCCCGCUGCCCGACCAGAAAUUUCUGUCCGGAGGGCCUCUGCGCGCCAGCCGGGUGCUGCCCGCCAUCCCGAGCCACCGGGGCCCGAGCCCGGCCACCCGGGACGGAGACUGAGCGUGGGUCCCGCCCGCCAGCCCGGGCCGCGUGCACGGACACGGACUGCCAUCCGAGAAGGACCGUCCUCGGGUCUGUGCGGGCCGAGGCCGACUUCGUGAAUCGCCCUCGAUAAGCCGUUCACGGUUUAUAACUCUAAACUCUUCGUUCCAAAUAACGGCAUUUCCCAAAGGAGCCCCCGGAACCUUUGCUGUGCCUUCACCGCAGCCCGUGUGUGAGUGUCUGGCCUGCACCCUGCCGGGCUGAACGCCAGGCCGCGGCGGCGGCGGGGCUCCUGGCUGCGCCCGCCCGGCCAGCCAGCCGUGGGACGGGUGCUGGCUGCUGUUCCUCCCGGGGGAACCUCACGUUCCGUUCCUGGGAGUCUGCGAGCGGAGUGACAAACAGAACAGCACGUUCUGCGACUGUUCUUCGCACUUGUUGUGUGUGAUUCUGCCUUGUCACGAGGAAACGUCGUUAAA